CAUCUAGAUCGUAGGUGGGGAAUACUGCAAAUCAGUAGUUUGCAGAUCGACUAUUGAGUAAUUGAAUUCCUUGUUAUGGCAACAAGUCUUAGCUCAUUGGUCCUUCGAUAGGGCAAUCUCUGGGACUCUUCGUUCAUUGUUUUAGCGAUCCUCAGCACUGACUAUGAGAGGGCUAAGUGGUCUACCAAACUGUCAGGCAACACAGUAUUCUUUUCGCUGGGACAGCUGAUGACGUCUCCGGAAUGCUUGAGGAUGUCCCGGCGAAUAGCCAUGUACGGUCGAGAACCAGGGGGGUUUGAAAGCGAGAAACGAGAAUUCGGUUCACUGCCGGUGGGAUUCACUCCGCUUUCGCUUGGGUGAUGAAUACUCAGAUCACCUUAGUAAUGAAGUCGUACUCUUGGUGUUAAAGAAACAAUAUAAAGACCAUGGUUGUUCACCACCAGCUGCUGAAAUGUCAUGAGACAAUCGAAUUUACCACAACUCCUUUCUCAUACAACGAACAAGUUCAUUAUUAACACACUGCAACUGCACUUUCAGUCUUGCCCAUCAUGGCAGAGAAGUGUCCCUUCCACACCCAAGCCCCAAAGCCCAACGUUGCGGGCAGUGGCACCCGGAACCGCGACUGGUGGCCAGACCAGCUGAAGCUGAACAUCCUCCGCCAGCACACAGCAGCCUCAAACCCACUGGACCCAGACUUUGACUAUGCUGCGGCUUUCAGCAGCCUGGAUUACUAUGCUCUGAAGAAGGACCUACAAGACUUGAUGACUGAUUCACAGGAUUGGUGGCCAGCGGAUUUUGGUCAUUAUGGUGGUCUCUUUAUCCGCAUGGCCUGGCAUAGUGCGGGUACCUAUCGCACCUUUGAUGGUCGAGGUGGUGGUGGACAGGGUCAACAACGGUUCGCGCCACUCAACAGCUGGCCGGACAACGUGAGUCUAGACAAAGCUCGCCGCCUGCUUUGGCCUAUUAAGCAGAAGUAUGGUAACAAGAUCUCCUGGGCUGACCUGAUGAUCUUGACGGGCAACGUGGCACUAGAGUCUAUGGGCUUCAAGACAUUCGGAUUUGCCGGUGGUCGUAAGGAUACCUGGGAAGCAGACGAAUCUGUUUACUGGGGUGGUGAGACCACAUGGUUCGGGAAUGAUGUGCGCUAUUCCCACGGUUUUGCCAGAUCUUCCAAGCAUGGUGCUGUUAUUGCCGAUGAAGCACCCCAUCGCGAUAUUCAUUCCCGCGAACUGGAAAAACCGCUUGCAGCAGCUCAUAUGGGGCUGAUUUACGUGAAUCCGGAAGGACCCGAUGGAAACCCCGACCCAGUCGCUGCAGCUCGGGACAUUCGUACCACGUUCGCUCGUAUGGCAAUGGAUGAUGAGGAAACUGUUGCGCUAAUUGCCGGUGGUCACACUUUCGGAAAGACACACGGCGCAGCUUCCUCAGACCACGUUGAUGCUGAGCCUGAGGCUGCUGGUCUAGAAGCACAGGGCUUGGGGUGGCAGAACAGCUAUGGAUCCGGGAAGGGCGCCCAUACCAUUACCAGUGGUCUGGAAGUAACCUGGACAAAGACUCCAACCCAGUGGAGUUUGAACUUUCUCGAGUACUUGUUCCGUUUUGAAUGGGUGCUGACCAAGAGUCCUGCGGGCGCGAACCAGUGGGUAGCUAAGGACGCAGAUGCCUUUAUCCCGGAUGCAUACGAUCCAUCCAAGAAGCACCGACCACAGAUGCUUACCACUGACCUGUCUCUGCGAUUCGAUCCAGCUUACGAGAAGAUCUCACGCCGCUUUCUGGAGAAUCCGGAUCAGUUUGCAGACGCUUUCGCGCGGGCCUGGUUCAAGCUGACACAUCGGGACAUGGGGCCGCGUGCUUGCUAUAUCGGUCCAGAGGUCCCAGCUGAAGAGCUGUCCUGGCAAGAUCCCAUCCCAUCAGUAAACCAUCCGGUGAUUAAUGAGACCGAUAUUGCCGCACUCAAGCGAGAUAUUCUCGCAACCGGUGUCGAUCCUUCGACGUUCAUCUCGACUGCUUGGGCAUCAGCAUCGACUUUCCGGGGCAGUGAUAAACGCGGCGGCGCCAAUGGUGCGCGUAUUCGCCUUACCCCUCAGCGAAACUGGGAAGCAAAUAACCAGCCAUGGCUUGAGGCGGCAUUGAAGGCCCUGGAAGACAUCCAAGACAAAUUCAACAGCGCCCCGAACGACGGAAAGCGAGUAUCCUUGGCGGAUCUCAUUGUGCUCGCUGGCUGCGCAGCUGUCGAGAAAGCUGCCAGCGAUGCCGGCCAUAUUAUCACCGUGCCAUUCACGCCGGGACGCAUGGAUGCUUCGCAGGACCAGACGGAUGUCGAGUCAUUCAAUCAGAUGGAGCCCGUGGCGGAUGGAUUCCGGAACUAUGGCACAUCCACUGCUCGGGUGCGAGCUGAGCAUUACCUGGUUGACAAGGCGCAGUUGCUCACUCUCUCUGCGCCUGAAAUGACGGUACUUGUUGGUGGUCUGCGGGCUCUGAAUGCCAACUACGAUGGCUCUGCCCAUGGUGUGUUCACUACCAGGCCAGGCCACUUGACAAACGAUUUCUUUGUCAAUCUCCUCGACAUGAACACUUCGUGGAAGGCAUCUGGCCGUAGCAAUGACAUUUACGAGGGCACUGACCGUAGAACCGGCUCUAAGAAAUGGACAGCUACCAGGGCCGAUCUUGUCUUCGGAUCUCACGCCGAGCUGCGCGCCAUCGCCGAGGUGUAUGGCAGCAGUGAUGGAAAGGGGAAAUUCGUGAAAGACUUUGUUGCCGCUUGGGCUAAGGUCAUGAACCUGGACAGAUUUGAUCUGAACUAGGAUGUUACAUUAUCUAUGUCAGCCUUUGUGUACUAUUCGUCAUGUUUUGGUUAUUCGUGUUGCAUGUACACUAAUAGAAUGUAAUAAAUACCUCACUGGACUGUUGUGCAUAGCUUUUAUCUUUGUUUUGCAAUCCCCUAAAAAUCGAAAAUCACAAUAGACUCUCAUGUAGACCGACCAUUAUCAACAUAAUCUGAUUGAACUGCCGACGGAAGGAACCACGAUGUUGAGUCCGAGUUCCUUUUAAUCUAUUCUGAUCAGAAUGCCCAAUCACAAUAUAGAAUGGGGCCAUAACAAAAUGAUUUC